AUCUUUUGAGCGACGUUACCAAAAUACCCUCGUUCCAUUUGUCCAAAGUAUUCUCUUUAAAGUUUAAAAGGUUCUCACCUUUCAAUCCUCUCUCUGAUUCCGAUCUAAUAAAAAGAUCACGAAGGAUCCGAGAGAGGUAUUGAUUGUGCUGGUGUAAUGGCUUUAAAACCCCUACAGUUUGCUCUUUUUGUUUCAUUCUUUGGUGCAUUGGCCUUUAUAUUCGGUAUAAUUGCUGAAAAUAAAAAGCCUGCAGAAGGAAAAUCAAUUAAAAUUGAAGGGAAAGGUGUUAUCAUCUGCAAGUAUCCAAAUGAUGCAACAGUUGCACUUGGAAGCCUAUCUGUUGUUGCACUUCUUAUAGCCGCCUUUCUUGGCGUGGUUGCUGUGUUUUUCCCCUACAAAGGCCAAUCUGUUCCAAAAGAAGCUUUGUUCCGCAGUACGACAUUGACUGUUUUCUUUAGUAUUGCAGGAGUUGUGACGGUGUUAGCUGAGGCAAUGAUGCUAUGGGCAACGAUCACUGAAGGUCUUCACCGCACCCAUAACAUCCACCAUAAUCCUGAUGCUGAGUGUGCUACUGCCAAGACUGGUCUCUUUGGUGGUGCUGCUUUCCUAGCUCUUGACGCAGCCCUAUUCUGGCUCGUCUGCCAGAUGCUGACCGAUAAUGCUAGAGCCGAUUAUCUUGAGGAUGAGGAUCCUAAAGGUACUUAUGGGCAAGUUCUCGCUACUGAUUACGACGCAAAUGGGGCUGGACAUACUGCCUCUAGGGUUUGAGAAGAAACUGAAGUUCUGAUAUAUACUCCAGGACAUGGAUUUAUCCUUUUCUUAAGCUUAUCUUAUAUAUGUGAAUAUAUCGAUGCUAUUACAAACAUGCCGUCGCCAAAAAUUUGGGAUAAAUUCUUUGUUAUUGUUGUUGUUGUCGUCUUCCAAACAUGAAUUCCAUGCUGAUUUAUCGCAUAAGUUUAUGGUUUGCAUUAA